GUCAUGUGAUUAGCUCACGGAUGUGAUCGGUUUGUCUCCUGAGCAGCAGCUAAAAUAAACCGACUCAAGAGAGAGUCCGUGUGGGGUUUUAUCGCGGAGGGAAACCUUCAUCUUCACACGUUUGUCCCGGAGGAAAUGUUUCAGUAGGACACGUUUAUUUUCUGACACGUCUCAAUAAUGUCGGGGAACAACCUGGUUUUACCCAUAGUGCUGUGGGGCCGCACGGCUCCCACCCACUGCAUCAGCAGUCUGCUGGUGAUGGACGACUUCAGCACCAUCAUCACCGGCUGCCAUGAUGGACAGAUCUGUCUGUGGGACAUGACGCCAGAGCUGGAGAUUUGUCCCAGAGCCAUGUUGUUUGGACACACGGCGUCCAUCACGUGUCUCUCUAAAGCCAGCGCGUGCGGUGAUAAGCAGUACAUGGUCAGCGCGUCAGAGAGCGGGGAGAUGUGUUUAUGGGAUGUUAACGACGGACGCUGCAUUGAGUUCACAAAGCUGGCCUGUGCUCACACUGGCAUACAGUUCUAUCAGUUCACCAUCGGCACACAAAGGGAGGGACGACUGCUCUGUAACGGCCAUUACCCAGAAAUCCUAGUGGUGGACGCGACCAGCCUGGAGGUCCUGUACUCGCUGGUGUCCAAGAUCCUGCCCGACUGGAUCAGCUCCAUGAGCAUCAUCCGCUCCCACCGCACGCAAGAGGACACGGUGGUGGCGGUGUCAGUGACCGGGAUUCUGAAGGUGUGGAUCAUCACAGCUGAGGUCAGCAAGAUGCAGGACAUGGACCCCGUGUUUGAAGAAGAGUCCAAACCCAUCUACUGUCAGGGCUGCCAGAGCAUUUCCUUCUGCACCUUCACUCAGAGCAGCCUGCUGGUCGUCUGCUCCAAGUACUGGAGGGUGUUUGACGCGGGCGACUACUCGCUGCUCUGCUCGGUGCCCAGUGACACUGACCAGGUCUGGACCGGCGGAGAGUUCAUCGCCGCAGACAAAGUCAUCAUCUGGACCGAGGACGGCUGCAGCUACAUCUACAAGCUGCCCGCCAGUUGUCUUCCUGCUAGUGAACAUUUCCGCAGCGAUGUUGGGAAAACCAAAGAGGGUUCGAUCCCUCCUCUGGUGUACAGCAUCGCCAGCCGCUCAGACAAACAGCUCUUAAUCUGUCCUCCGGUGACUCGGUUCUUCUUCGGCCGUCGGGAGCCGUUUCACAAACUGCUGAUUCAGGGAGACUCGUCAGGUCGACUGUCGCUGUGGAGCAUCCCAGAAUCUUCACCUCUGCAGCUGCCGUCCAUCCCUGCUGCUCCUGCUGCUGCUCCUGCUGCUGCUGAGCUGCCGGCGUCGACCACCGUCAGCCUCCAGGAGGCGUUUGAUAAACUCACCCCAGUGUCUGCUGGAAUCAUCGACCAGCUCAGUGUUCUGCCCGGCAAAGAAGAACCAGUCAAGGUGACGGCCAGCGUCUACAUCCCCUCUCAAGGUCGUCUGGUGUGCGGCAGAGAAGACGGCAGCAUCAUCCUGGUUCCUGCCACGCAGACCGCCAUCGUUCAGCUGCUGCAGGGAGAGCACAUGCUCCGCAGAGGCUGGCCGCCUCACCGUACGCUGCGCGGUCACAGGAACAAAGUGACGUGCGUCUUGUAUCCGUACCAGAUCUCCCCGCGCUACGACCAGCGCUCGCUGGUGUCCGGCGGUGUGGACUUCUCCGUCAUCGUCUGGGACAUCUUCACCGGCGAGAUGAAGCACAUCUUCUGUGUGCACGGAGGGGAGAUCACUCAGCUCAUCAUCCCGCCGGAGAACUGCAGCACUCGCGUGCAGCACUGCGUCUGCUCGGUGGCCAGCGAUCACUCGGUCGGGCUGCUGAGCCUCAGAGAGAGGAAGUGCAUCAUGCUGGCGUCGCGCCACCUCUUCCCCAUCCAGGUCAUCAAGUGGCGUCCGGCCGACGACUACCUGGUGGUGGGAUGUUCUGACGGCUCCGUGUACGUGUGGCAGAUGGACACAGGCGCACUGGACCGCUGCGUGAUGGGUAUAACGGCGGUGGAGAUCCUGAACGCCUGUGACGAGCUGGCGCCGGCCACCGUGGACGCUCUGAGUCACUCGGCUGUGAACCUGAAGCAGGCGAUGACUCGCCGCAGCCUGGCGGCGCUGAAGAACAUGGCCCAGCACAAGCUGCAGACGCUCGCCACCAACCUGCUCGCUGCCGACAACGCCGACAAGGGCAACCUGCCAAAAUACUCCCACAAUGCCCUGGUGGUGCAGUCGAUGAAGACCAACCUGACGGACCCGGACAUGCACGUGCUGUUCUUCGACGUGGAGGCAGUGAUCAUCCAGCUGCUGACGGAGGAAGCCCAGAGACCCAACCCCAUGCUGGUGUCUCCAGAGUCGCUGCAGAAGAGUCAGGCCGGGGCCGACAAGGGCGGCUCGUUCCUCGCCAACAAGAUCUUCAAACAGGUGAAGGAGACCAUGAAGGAGACCAUAAAGGAGCACCUGCUGGACGAGGACGAGGAGGAGGAGGAGGAGAUGAGGCGGCGCGAGGAGAAGUCCAAGUCUCUGAGUCUGCUGGAGUACAACCUGACCAUGGACACGGCCAAGCUCUUCAUGUCCUGCCUGCACGCCUGGGGCCUCAACCAGCAGCUGGACGGCAUCUGCCUGGAGCGACUGGGCAUGCUCCGACCACACUGUCCCAUCUCUUUUGGCCUGAUCUCCAGAGGAGGUCACAUGUCCCUCAUGCUGCCCACCUUCAAGGAGUCCUUGCUGUACCAGUUGUCCCUGGCGACGGGCCGUAAGCUGACUCUGUCAGAAAUCGUGGGGAAGGGGACGUAUGGCGUGUCCAGGGCCGUCACCACGCAACACCUGCUGUCCGUCAUCUCGCUGGCCAACACGCUGAUGGGCAUGACCAACGCCACGUUCGUCGGGGAGCACAUGAAGAAAGCACCGGCCAGGCCUCCCAGACCAGGAGGAACCCCGGAGUCUCCUCGCAGGACGCCGGCUGUCCCGCCCCAGCCCUCCUGCCCGGCGCUACAGGCCCAGAUCAAACAAGCUGCUGUAGCCACCGCAGCCAACACUGGCGCUGCUGCUGGGGCUCGGGGGCCCCCCGGGGGCCUUCCCCAGGGGGCCCCUGGUUUUCCCAGCCCCGGCCCUGCUUUACAUAACAUCCCCUCAGUAAACGAAGGUUGGAGCCAGCUGGCAGCCAUGCACUGUGUGAUGCUCCCCGACCUCCUCGGCCUGGACAAGUACAGACCUCCUCUGCUGGAGAUGUUGGCGAGGAGAUGGCAGGAUCGCUGUCUGGAGGUGCGAGAGGCAGCACAAGCUCUCCUGUUGGCCGAGUUGAGACGAAUCGGCCAAUCGGGACGCAAGGACACCAUCGACGCAUGGGCUCUGUACCUGCCUCAGUAUGUGGACAUGGUCAGCUCACCUGGGACAACCACAGAGUCCUCUCCUCAAGCUCCGCCCCCUCCUGAUGCCCAACCAGUGGAAACCAAGGCUCCUGAGGAGGAAAUGGACGUCACUGAUGAUGACAUCACAGCAGGUUGUCUGUCCAACCUUCCGCCGAACGCCAAGAAGAUCUCCAACUCCUACGAGGAGCGCCGCAAACAGGCCACCGCCAUCGUGCUGCUGGGCGUCAUCGGGGCAGAGUUUGGCGCCGAGAUCGAGCCGCCCAAGGGUCUGACGCGGGCGCGCACCGGUGGACAGGCUCCCGAGGGCUUCGGCCUGACGAGCGGAGGGUCGUCCAACUACUCACUGGCCAGACACACAUGUAAGGCCCUGACCUUCCUGCUGCUGCAGCCCCCCAGCCCCAAGCUGCCCCCCCACAGCACCAUCCGCCGCACCGCCAUCGAUCUGAUCGGCCGAGGCUUCACCGUGUGGGAGCCGUACAUGGACGUGUCGGCCGUGCUCAUGGGACUCUUGGAGCUGUGUGCCGACGCAGAGAAGCAGCUGGCCAACGUCACCAUGGGUUUGCCUCUGAACCCGCCAGCGGAUUCGGCGCGCUCUGCUCGCCACGCCCUCUCCCUCAUCGCCACGGCGCGCCCUCCCGCCUUCAUCACCACUAUCGCGAGAGAGGUUCACCGGUACAACGCGGCGCAGGCUAACUCUCAGUCGCAGCAGAACGUUCACACCACCACGCUGGCCCGAGCCAAGACUGAGAUCCUGCGAGUGAUUGACAUUCUCAUUGAGAAGAUGCCCGGAGACGUUGUUGACCUGCUGGUCGAGGUGAUGGACAUCAUCAUGUACUGUAUCGAAGGUUCUCUGGUGAAGAAGAAAGGACUGCAGGAGUGUUUCCCCGCCAUCUGCAGGUUCUACAUGGUCGGUUACUGCGAUCGCAGUCAUCGUAUCGCCGUCGGAGCUCGUCAGGGUUCAGUGGCACUUUACGACGUUCGUACCGGAAAAUGUCAGAACAUCCACGGUCACAAGGGUCCGAUCACAGCCGUGUCGUUCGCCCCCGACGGCCGUUACCUAGCAACGUACUGCAACGCUGACAGCCACAUCUCCUUCUGGCAGAUGAACAUCGGUCUGCUCGGCAGUAUCGGGAUGCUGAACUCUGCUCCUCAGCUCCGCUGCAUUAAGACGUACCAGGUUCCUCCGGUGCAGCCGGCGUCUCCGGGCUCCCAGAACCACCUGAAGCUCGCUCGCCUCAUCUGGACGUCCAACCGUAACGUCAUCCUGAUGGCACACGACGGCAAAGAGCACCGCUUCAUGGUCUAAAAAGAAUCCCCGCCUACUUCUGUAGCUCCGCCCCUUUGCCCCUCAAACCCGCCCUCGUGCGUGUGACACACCUGCACCUUCUUCUUCAGUCUCGUAGUUUCACAGUGGUUUUUUGCGAUGUUUGUACGAUCAGAGGCUCGUUUACAUUUUAAACUUUGUUUUUUUAGUCGUCAUUCCUAUUUAUUUGCCGUUUUCUCCUAUAUAGUGGCGGCCAUUUUGAGUCCCAGUUCGGCUGUUGGACGACGUGAUUACAAUGUUCGCGAUUAUCCUGACCAAAAAUAAUUAAAGAUAACAUCGUGACAAUCGUAAUCAUGUCUCCAGAAAAGUGCACGCAUGCUCGUGUAAACACACCCACCGUUCUGUUCUUUCAUAAAGUUUGGUUAGCAUCGGAGUUUGCAGUCCGAGGGUUUACGAUUUUUUGGGUUAGCAUAAACUGUAAGUGGGUGACGAUGUUUACAUCAUGUGGGGUUUUGCCGACUCGCGUACGUUGAAAGUUUGACGUGAUCGUUACACACCUCAAUAAUUUUUCGCAGGUCGUAUACUUUUUUUAAGUGAAAGUUUUAACGUGAAAUAAAAAGAAUCGGAUCAUUUCAAACCUCAAAGUUCUUUAAUGAGUGUAAAGAUUCAGGCUUAUGGAAAGAUCGUAAAUUGUCUCAGCUUUUUCUGUCGAGGAGACGAGGUUUAUUUUGAAAUUGAUCAGAAGUCAGGAUUUAUUUUGUCGUGGCAGAAAUUUCGCAGAAUAAUUUUUCUGUUUGGAGAGGACGAGAAAAACGGCUCAAACAUUUCCAGAAAAAUUACACUUGAUCAUAUGUUUGACGAUGUGUCUUUAUGUGGACAGAGACAUGAGGUCAUGUGACUUUGUCUCUGUGAUGUCAUCAUGUGAAGAAACACGUGUCUCUGAACCUUUAACUUUAUUCAAAAGUUUCAUUUCAGACGAUCAGUGAUAAAGUUUAUAAAGUAAAUAUUUUUUUAAACUCACUUUUCUUACUUUACAUCAGUAUUUUACUCUUCUUUCUCUCCUCUCCUCUCCUCCCUCCUCCUGCUCACCUGUAAACUCUCCUCCCGCCUCCUCACCUGUAAAUUCUCCUCCUCUCCUCUACUCCCUCCCUCCCUCCUCCUCCUCCUCCUCACAUGUAAACUCUCCUCUCUCCUCUCUUCUCCUCCUCCUCGCCUGUAAACUCUCCUCCCUCCUCCUCCUCACCUGUAAACUCUCCUCUCCUCUCUCCUCCUCCUCCUCACAUGUAAACUCUCCUCUCUCCUCCUCCUCCUCCUCACCUGUAAACUCUCCUCUCCUCUCUCCUCCUCCUCCUCACAUGUAAACUCUCCUCUCUUCUCCUCCUCCUCGCCUGUAAACUCUCCUCCCUCCUCCUCCUCACCUGUAAACUCUCCUCUCCUCUCUCCUCCUCCUCCUCACAUGUAAUCUCUCCUCCUCCUCCUCCUCACCUGUAAACUCUCCUCUCCUCUCUCCUCCUCCUCCUCACAUGUAAACUCUCCUCUCUCCUCCUCCUCCUCCUCACCUGUAAACUCUCCUCUCUCCUCUCUCCUCCUCCUCCUCCUCACCUGUAAACUCUCCUCUCUCCUCUCUCCUCCUCCUCCUCCUCCUCACCUGUAAACUCUCCUCUCCUCUCUCCUCCUCCUCCUCACCUGUAAACUCUCCUCUCUCCUCCUCCUCCUCCUCACCUGUAAACUCUCCUCUUUCACAGCUUUUCACACGUUGUCGUCUUAGUUUGACAUAUUUCUCUUCAGCUCUUCACAGUUUUGGGAAAAUGUGUUUUUUGCCGAGUCUCAGGAGAUGAGAGGAGGAGAGGGUGAGAAGAGAGGAAGGAGGAGGAGUAAAUAAGCAGUGAGGAAGAGGAAGAUGAGUUUAUUCAGCCAGGAAACAGAGAAAAUAUUGUAGCUUUUCUGCUUUUAAUCAAACAAAAAAGAAGAAUUUUAGGUUUUAUCUUUUUCCUCUUUCUUGCUCUUCUUGCUCUUCUUCCUCUUCUUCCUCUUCUUUCUUCCAAUUCUUCUUUCUUCAAAUGUAGAAAUAAAUGAAUGAAAACAUGAAUGAAUGACUGAAUGAACAUAAUUAGGUGAACAAUUAACAAAAAAAAAGGUUUAAUCAUUCACUCAUUUAUUUAUUCAUAUAUUUCAUUCUGUGUUUCUACAGGAAAAAACAACAGGAAAACUGAAAUAUUGACUCUUAAUGUUAAACAGAUCAUUUCUUUCUUUUUCAUAUUAAUUUAGACUUUGAUGUGAUUAAAUAUUUAUUGUAUAGAGAAACAGAGUGGCAAUGAUAUUUAAGUGCGUGUGUGUGUGUGUGUGUAUUGCAUGUAUACAGGCUUCCCUUGGUGUAACAGCAGAUUAAAUCUAUUGUGUGUCAUAAACAACAUGAAAAGUGUUGUUGUUGUUUGUGUCCAAUAAAGAUAAACAUGAGACAGAC